GAAGACUUUCACUUUUCAUUUUGCUUAUAAUACUUCCGUAAUUUUACUUAGGGAUGAUUUUGAAAACUACUACUACCACUGAGCAAACUUCUAUUUUACUUUACAAUCUCUGUGCUGCAUUUCACAUGAGCCCUACGCAGGUACGUGCACACGUCCGUGCGCGUGAACAUGUUCACCUCACACACACCUUACACGAUGGCCUUCUGAAAAUGAUCCACAGGGCAGAGUGGGUAAAUUUGAGUCAAUGCCCUCAUGUAGCCAAGACGAGCAGGCAGGUGGGUCUCAGGUAAAACGUGACGUCAUGAUGAUACUUUUGAACUCCUUGGCAGUAAAUCCAUAAAGGUGUGUAGUCUUACUGCACAGGUAGCCUGAACCUUAGACUGCAGUGAAAACAAGCGCCAGAUCCUGCUGGGAAUAGACAGGGAGGCCUAACAUGCGCCAAGACGUUUGAUUCACCGAGGUCUACCUGAGAGUCACCCUACCUGUCAGACCAGGACACCGGUAUGUACCCCAACUCACAGUCGGUCAGACACCCAUCUCAGACACUGUCACUGAACAAUCAGUACAUCCCGCCUCCGUAUGACUUCCCCGGUUAUCAUCACGUCCCGGGAGUCGGAGACCCGUCGACAAGUGGCUGGAGCAGCGUCUACGCUGCGCGGGAAGAGUAUCCGUACAGCUUCCCGGGGUCAAGCCCCAGCGCAGGGCAAGUCAGCUUCUCCUCCACGGAGAUGUGCGGCACGCCCACCGCCGCUGGAGGAGGGUCGUUCACCCCCUACAACUUUAUCUCCGGACAGGACUCCUUCAGCUCCAGGAGGAGACCACAUGAAUCCGUCAGACCGUCUGUUUCAGGAGUGAAGACUCGCACCAAGGACAAGUACAGGGUGGUGUACACUGACCAGCAGCGCCUGGAGCUGGAGAAGGAGUUUCAGUGCAACCGCUACAUCACCAUGAGGAGGAAGUCCGAGCUGUCAAUGGCACUGGGCCUCUCUGAGAGACAGGUGAAGAUCUGGUUUCAGAACAGACGAGCCAAAGAGAGGAAGAUAAACAAGAAGAAGCUGCAGCAUUCCCAGCAGGCCUCCACAACUACACCCACCCCACCUGCGCUGGGUGGACCCGCUGACACCCACAUCACCACCAGCCCCAGCAGCAAUCUUUUGUCUGACACAAUAUCAGAGGAAUACUAGGUGGAUUUUACAUGGACGACGGAUACAGCAUUAAAUAUGUACAUAGUGUUUUGUUUUAUAAGUUUACCACAGAAUGAAUGAAGACGAUUCACAUCAACAUGAUGAUAUAAUGCAGCACUUCCUGCCUUUCACCAUGACAAGCACUGUCUGUCUGUUGAUCAUUGAUCAUCUCUAGUGGACAUUUGCCAAUCACUGGAAGUUAAUGUGUUAAUAUGGCUCAUUAGCAGCACAGAGAAACUGAUUUUAAAGACAGAGAAUCACUGGAUAAAGUGUCAUUUGUCACACAUGUGUGCCUUCUUCAAGAAUUGUUGGUUAAAGUCACAAUGAAAAGGCAUUUGUGUCAAAUGUGUCUGUAUAUUGGUUUAUAGAGUGCGAGUGCAUCUGUAUAGUCAAGAAUCUGCUUCAUGAAUAAGAAAAAGGAAUAAUGUGUCUAUUUUUUAUGAGUUUCUAUUUGCUCUAACUGCAAGAGGACAAUGGAAAAUCAUACUUGCAAAUAAGUAGAAAUUACAAUGAAUAAUGCAUAGCCCUGCUACUUAUUUUUGGGGAUGUAAAAGUAUGUUAAUUCCUCUCUUUAUGACUGUUAGAAUUUACAGGAAAUAGAAAGAGCGCAAAGAGUGUUGCGUUUGUUACUACUGAAGAAUGUGAUGCCAAAGUUCAACACCGCUUUAAUGUUCUUUCUGUUGAAAUAUUGAUGCAGGGUGUGUCUUGGGAAUAGAUCUUUCAGAAAUAUAAACCAAUGGGUUUCAGAAAGCAGCUGUUUAUAGCACAAUGUAAAGGGUGAAAGCACAGAAAUGUUAAAAACAGGAAGUAAAAGCAAUGAGAGUACAAAAAUGUUGUCAUUUGGAAUUCAUUGUUAAACAGCUGUAUACUAUGAAACAUUUGGUGACAUUUUCCCCCCUAAUUUGACUUUAUAGUUUUGUUCAUUAAUUUAGUCACCACCUCUUGAUAACAACAAGGAACUGAGAUGAAAAAUGGUUGAAAAUGACAGUGAAAUAAGAUGUUCAGACAGCAGUGUUUAGCCACAUCCUGAAAGACUGCUGCCGCAUGACUCAACAUCUACAGUCAUUGUACCGCUAAACACGCACACAUUUUAAGUGAAAUAAAGUCCCUGCUUCUCCUUCUUUUGGGACUACUGUGUGUAUAAAAAUUGUUAAAGUAUGUACUAUACUAAGACAUUUGACAUGUUAACACACUUUUGAUUGUUCCUGUUUGUAGGUCACAGAAGAGGAAGGAAAAGUGACAAAUGUAAACUUUGUACUGACCAGUCAGAAAAUUGCAAAAGCUGCUUUCAAAAUAAACCACUGUAUCACCACCUUUUUGCAACUCCUGUAUUGUCAGUGAAAUAGUUUCCUUGUUUUGCCUUUCAACCGUUAAUCUCAAUACUGUGUUUUUACAAGGCUGAAGUUUGUGUUGCUUAUAAAACAUGUUUCAUUGCACAUUUUAUAAAAAGCAUGCUCAGUACAGGGGUUUAUUGAUCUGA